CCCCGCGCUCCGCCGCCCGCCGCGCCCCGCCCCGCAGCCCCGCCGCCCGCAGCGCGGCCGCCCGGCCAUGGAGGUGUCCAUCCCGUCCUUUCGCUACGAGGAGAGCGACCUGGAGCGCGGGUACACGGUAUUUAAGAUAGAAGUGCUAAUGAAUGGAAGAAAACAUUUCGUUGAAAAAAGGUACAGCGAGUUCCAUGCCUUGCACAAAAAGCUUAAGAAAUGUAUAAAAACUCCAGAAAUCCCUUCUAAGCAUGUCAGGAACUGGGUCCCAAAAGUAUUGGAACAACGGCGGCAAGGUUUAGAAAUGUAUUUACAGUCUGUCAUUUUAGAAAAUGAAGAACUUCCAAAACUGUUCCUUGAUUUCCUAAAUGUGCGACACUUGCCCUCUCUACCAAAGGCAGAAAGUUGUGGAUCCUUUGAUGAGACAGAUUCUGAGGAGUCAAGCAAACUGUCCCACCAGCCGGUGCUGCUGUUCCUCAGGGAUCCAUACGUCUUGCCUGCAGCCAGCGAUUUUCCAAAUGUGGUCAUUGAAGGAGUGCUCCACGGGGUGUUUUACCCUCACCUGCAGCCCAGGUAGAAACCCGGCAUGGCUCAGAGAAGCUGAAAGAAGUGUCCACGCCAUUGUCAAGGAAAUCGAUACCCACCAAAUUAACCGAAACCCAACGACACAGCAGCCCUCGCCAGUGAUCAGAUUCAUGGUCCCAGCUCCAUUCAGAGCAGGGACAUUUGCGUUAGCGUGGUGCUUCUAAAAAUAGAGGCUGAGCUGGAGUGUGAGAGGAAAGGCCGAUUGUGUGAGGGGAACAGAGCUGUCGACUUAGAACCCAAGGGGAGGAGCCCGCUGGGUUCCUGAGAGCCCUGUGCAGAACCCAGCAGUUACUCUCUGUGUGAGGCAGUGUUUGCUAACUGAAAAUCAGAUGCCACAUUAUUCUGAGACUGAGCUGCUCCACACACCGAUCUUUUUGCCAUGUGAUUUUCUCAGCCUGGAAGGGUACAUUUUACAGAACUGUCAGCCUGAAAUGUGUCUCAGAAACACCUCACUAAGAGCAAGUAAGAAACCAAACUGGACAUUAAAUCAUGCUGACAUCAUUAUGGCAUUUAAAAAUUGUGACUUAAUUUGCAUCACAGUGGAGUUGUGUCACACCUCAGGGUAGCAAGUGAUGUUGGUGGGAGAGAUGACAUGGGGACGAGGGAAUGCUGCCUUCACGAGGUCCACAGCGCCACGUCGAGAUUCUCCUCUGAUGUCGGAAGCUGUGCGGGUUUCUUUGGAGACCACUGACAUUGCUGGUGGCUUUUAGGGGCCAUUUUGUGUAAAAAAAACAUAUCCUUCUAAACACUGGAAUCAUGGUUAGUCUGUGAGAUGCUGGCCUGGUGGGAGUGACACAGCGGGCGCAGGUCAGGGCUCGGGGUUCACUGGCGCGGCUGCUGCAGGGUCUCAUGCUGCUAUCCUCUGCGGGUUCCUUCCCACUGACCUCGUGUUUGAUUGAACGUGACCCACGGAACACCGCAGCCACUGUCAUUUUGACAGGGUGUGUGUGCUGUGUGUGGACAUUUCAUUGAAUACCAACUAAUAGCUAUAUCCUUACGAUGAUUAGUUUUAACAAGUUUCUGUGUGAGAGAAAAAUAUUUAAAAUUAUAACUAAUAACUAAGUCAUGUUGUCUGAUUAGGAGCUGAAUAUACAGGUUUAAGGCCUGCUGCAAACUUUUAAAGAUUAUGUUUUGUGAUAAAUUAUCUUAUUACAUGUUAGAAAUAAGCAAGAACUAAGUAAUGAGAUGUUCUCAACCAAAAAGAACUGAAUAUUUAAGUAAUAGAGAUAAUUUUGAAAUGUUUUUCUGUUGCUGUUUUAAGUUAAAUAAAAACAAGCCACAAGAAAUA